AUGGCAUGGGCUGAGAAAAAGAAGCUAGCCCACAAUGGAACUUCAGAGAAGGAGAGAUGUCUUACUGAAAUUAUACAAAUUAAACCACAGUUGGAAUGCUGUGGACAGUUUUUGACCCCUUAUCUGAGGAAAGAUGUAUCAGCACUAGAGGCAGCUCAGAAAAGGUUCAGUCUACUGGUACCAGGUAUAGAGGAACCAUCUUUUGAGGAGACAGUGACAAAAUUGAACCUGUAUUUAUUUGAUUAUAGAAGAAUGAGAGAUUACCAUGUUGAAGCAUUGGGUGAAGGUAAUUUGAGGAAUUGCACAACUGGGGUCGCAGGAGAACUCUCUCGUUAUAAAAUAGAAUUUUCUUGCUUUGGAGACUACACCAGAAUCACUUCUCGUUCAUCACUGGCAUACGGAAGAGCCCCGGUCCAACAGUCAAACUCCAAGGAAUUUCCAAGGAACAACGUUAAAGCAACUUCUCUAUUAGUAAAACAAGAUGCUGCAAUCGGAAAUCAUAUUGAAGAUAAAACACGUUUACUACCCUUUUCUCACAGCCGUUGGUAUUCCAGAUUGUGUAGUGAUGGGAGCAUCUGCUGCUGUGAUCUGCACCGUAAUCAUUCCAGCGCAUUUGGAGUAUUAGUUAACUUUCUGACAAUUAUGGUCCUGUCGGGGGGAAAAUGCGGCCUUUUCGAAAUGUGUCUCUUGCUAUCUGGUGGGCAUGGCGGUGGCAGAUCUACUGGUCAUUAUCAUUGAUGUGAUGUUAAAUAAGAUUAUGGCGUCUAAUUUUCCACU